CUUUAGUGACUCGACGUUGUGAUCGGUGGGCGGCAUAUUUUCGGAUCAGGAUGACUGAAGAGGUUCCCGCUGCGCCCGUCGCCGCGCUGCCGGCUGUCAAGGCUCCCGCGAAGAAGGCCAAGAAGGCGGCGGCCGCCGCGCCGAAGUCCCGCAAGGCCUCGGGCCCCAGCGUGACGGAGCUGUUGACCCAGGCCGUGACGGCGUCCAAGGAGCGCGGCGGCGUGUCCCUGGCAGCGCUGAAGAAGUCGCUGGCGGCCGCCGGCUACGACGUGGAGAGGAACAACAGCCGCAUCAAGCUGGGCCUGAAGGGCCUGGUGACCCGAGGGAUCCUGCUGCAGACCAAGGGCACGGGCGCCUCUGGCUCCUUCAAGCUAAACAAGAAGCAGGCGGACAACAAGGACAAGGCGCUCAAGAAGAAGCCGGCGGCGGCUUCCGCGAAAGGUAAAAAGCCCGCGGCCAAGAAGCCCGCCAGCGCCGCCAAGAAGGUGAAGAAGGCAGCCGCGACCAAGAAGAGCGUCAAGAAGCCGGCCAAGAAGCCCGCGGCAGGCGCCAGGAAGGCCGCCAAGAGCCCCAAGAAGCCCAAGGCGGCGGCGGCCAAAGCCAAGAAGGCCGCCAAGAGCCCCGCGAAGGCGAAGGCAGCCAAGCCCAAAGCGAAGCCCAAGACCCCCAAGGCGAAAGUCGCCAAGCCCAAGAAGGCGGCGCCGAAAAAGAAGUAGGAAGGACCUGCUCGGCUUGCGCGAGAGGCAGCAGCGCUCCUCUUUAACCCCAAAGGCUCUUUUAAGAGCCACCCACAAA